GGCAAACUGCAGUCGGUCGCGCUUCAGGAGUUGUUUUCGCAAUUUACGCGCGGCCGACCUGGUCGCGAGCCGCUCAGGGUCCAGCUAGGACGCGCGCCCCACUCGCAAUUUACCAGCGGGUGGGGCGGCCAAUAGGCCCGCUUCUUAGGUGAAUGGGGCGGUCCCACGCAAAUCGUAACUAUAUCGAAAGUUGCAAAUCCACAUGCAAAUAGCUCAAAAUGCAUGCCCGGAAGCCGCGAGAGAAGUUCCCCGCGCUCCCGGCCCACCAUCGCCCCCCAUCAGACCCCUGCAUGGCCCUUUGCACACGCGAGCAGGCGCUGUAGUCUGCACGCCUCAUCUCUAUACGCAUAUCACACUUAAUCGCAUCCUAAAACAUUACCCGGGAUACUACACCGCGCUUCCGGCGACGGAUGUGGACCCGCAAGCUCUGGGCCUAAGCGUCAUGGCAAGUCUUGUUGUUUCUCUUGAAUGAUGCGCCCAUUCAUGCGUAUGGAAAAGGCGCCUGAACUUCGCCUUGCAACAUUUUGCGUAGGCACCUAAAUCGCUUGCCGCCAGCGUCAGCCAUAACUGCCGUCUGAAGCUUAAACUUUUUAACAAGGAGGUUGACGAACAACACACCCGCUUCAUCAGCGGUCAAGGACAUAAUCGUCGAGUUCCUGGAAGCCAUGCAUGGCGUCAGAGUCAAGAAGUUUCCGCAGUACAAGGCCAAGCUGGCUGCCAUGGCUAGCCUGGACGAGGACAGCCCCAUCACCUCCCUGCCUACCAACAAGUUCAUCCGGUUCUGGGCUAGGAGGGGUGCGCAGCUCGUACUCUCCGCCCUACGAGAGUACCAGAGCGAGGGUGGUGCAGCUGUGAACGGGGAGGGCGGGGAGGGCGGGGAGGGCCAGGGCGACAGCGAGGGUGGAGGCACGGAGGUUGGCGAGGGCGAGGGUGAGGGUGGUGGGGCUGGCGGAGGCGGAGAAGACGGCGACAGCGGUGAGGGCACCAGCCCAGGCGCCAAGCUGCCACUGCGUCUAGGGGGCUUGGUCUCCAGCUUGCUCUGCAACAAGGGGCGCCUGGAACGGGGCGAGUGGAAGACGUGGCAGUACUCCGGCGGGGGCUGCAAGUGCGGCGGCUCCUGCCACGCUGCCCGGGUGUACCUCAGGUGGCCGGAUGGCCUGCCCCUGGUGUGCUAUGCCAGUGGGCACGUGCACGGCACCGUCGCGAUCCACACGGCCGUGGUUGAGUGGGCGUGUAAUCACGACCCCGCCUUCAAGGCGGACUACGAGAGGGCGGUGGCCGAGCGUGAAGAAGCGGCCAAGCAGAGGAAGGAGGGUGGAAUGCAGGCGGCUGGAGCUCGGGACAUGCGGCAGGCAACUGCACGCGGAGUGACGGCUGCCAGUGAUGAGGACAACAACAUCGAGCUGGGCACAGAGGCGCCGCAGCGCGGGAACAAGCAGCCCAAGCCUGGCAGCAAGAGCCGUAGGCAGCUGACAGAUGCGGAGGCGGCGGAGGUGGUGGCCACGUACAAGGAAAAGCGGGCGGCGGGCCUGAAGAACAAGGA